AUGGGCAAGCUGAUAUUGGUCGGAUCGUCGGUAGCACUCACCUGCUGCCUGGUUACCGUCUUCACACUCGGAUCCCUCCUCCAGGAGAUCUCCGAGAUGAAGUCGGAGGUUGAGGAUGGCAUGAUCGAGUUCAGAGUGAGUUAUUCACCCAAACAUCGCUUCUAAAAGUUCAUUCUUACAGGAGAUCCAUCAAGAUACCUGGACUCGCGUUCUCAGCAAACACUUGAACCCAACCGGAAACACUGACGCCCCACCAACCUUCCAGACUUUGUUCGGAGUCCGUAGAUCUCGUCAGUCUGGAUUCCCAGAGCAGUGCAACUGCGGACCACGCUCCGAGGGAUGCCCACCAGGACCACCAGGAACUCCAGGAGAGCAGGGACCACAGGGAGAGUCGGGACCAGACGGAGACGACGGAAAGCCAGGACUCGCCGGCGAAAUUGUCGCCAUUGUGCACGAUCUUCCAGGUGGAUGCAUCCAGUGCCCACCAGGACGUCCAGGACCACGUGGACCACCAGGAGAGGUCGGACCAGCCGGCCCAUCGGGAGACAACGGACGCAAGGGACCACCAGGACCACCAGGAGGACCAGGAGCCCCAGGAGAGGGAGGAGACGCUGGAAAGCCAGGAAACGCCGGACGUCCGGGACCACCAGGACCACGCGGAGAGCCAGGAACCGAGUACAAGCCAGGACAGCCAGGACGUCCAGGACCAGCAGGACCACGUGGAGAGGCUGGACCAGCCGGAGGACCAGGAGCCCCAGGAAACGACGGAGAGGCCGGAAAGCCAGGAAACGCCGGACGUCCAGGACCACCGGGACCACCAGGAAAGAACGGAACUCCGGGAGUUCGUGGAGAGGAUGCCGCUCCAGGACCGGACGCCGGAUACUGUCCGUGCCCAGCCCGUGCCUACAGAGCGUAG